AUGUCUCCAGUGCCUCGACCUGGGACUUUUCUGAAUGGGGAAGGCUGUUCAGCUCCUUCUCCCUUGUCCAAGUCUUCUUCCUUCAAUCAGAACUAUUCCUUAAGGGGAGAUUUGGUGUGUUCUUUUGGCUCAUUGGCCUAUGCAUGGUACAGAGCUCAAGCUUUUGCUCUUGGUAUUUUCUCAAAACGAUCUUCUCAGCCCUUGGAAAGGCCAAAAUUUAAGGGGCAAUUUUGGAGGAGGGCUCUUUUCCAUUUUUCCAUAUUUUUCUUGGUUGGGGUUCUUGUUGGACUUGCCCCAUUUGUUUCAUUGGAUUUACCCAUCAAUCUUGUGACCAAACACCAAGUCAUCUCCUUUGAGGUUUUUCCUCCUGUUGGAAACGUUCGCUUUUAUGAUGUUGUGCCCAGAAAUAUGACACCUUUAGUGGACAGAUCGGCCACUAAUGAUAGUGCUACAUUAGAGCCACAUGUGGUGAAAGGGGAACCAAGAAGAGGGAUUUUGAAUGACACUCUUCUUAACCAAUCACUCAUUAAAAAUUCUACUAUGGUGUUUCAUAAACUUUUGAUCAUUGUGACCCCAACACAUGCUCGGCCAUUUCAAGCCUAUUAUCUGAAUCGUUUGGCAUACACAUUGAAAUUGGUCCCUCCUCCUUUGUUGUGGAUAGUUGUGGAGAUGACAUCUCAGUCCAUGGAAACAGCUGACAUAUUGAGAAGAACAGGUGUCAUUCACAGGCAUCUUGUAUGCAGUAAGAACUUAACGGAAGUGAAAGAUAGAGGUGUGCAUCAAAGAAAUGUGGCUCUGUCGCACAUUGAAAAGCACCGCCUUGAUGGAAUCAUUUACUUUGCAGAUGAUGAUAAUAUUUAUUCUGCUGAUCUCUUUGAACAGAUAAGGCAGAUCAGGCGGUUUGGGGCAUGGACAGUGGCCACACUGCUGGAGAGCCAAAGGAAAGCUAAUUUUGACGGUCCAAUUUGUAAUGGUUCUCAGGUUGUUGGAUGGCACACAGAUGAUGAGACGAGAAGAUUUCAGAGAUUUUAUGCUGAAAUGUCAGGGUUUGCAUUCGAUAGUGCUAUACUUUGGGAUCCAAAGAGAUGGCAUCGACCUACUAUGGAGCUUAUUAGGCAGCUUGAUACAGUCAAGACGGGCCUCCAAGUUAGCACAUUUAUUGAACAAGUUGUAGAGGAUGAGAGUCAAAUGGAAGGCUUUCCACAAGACUGUUCAAGGAUCAUGGUUUGGCGUCUUCAUGUUGAAUCAAAACAUUACUAUCCUCGCGAAUGGCUCAUGAAGAAUAAUCUAGAUGCCAUUGCUCCACUUGCAUGA